AGAUGCUCGAAAGGGCGAGGAAGGCGAUUUCGUGAUAUCGCUAACAUAAAUAAGCUGUUUUAGCUUCUUACUAAUAUAUAUCUUAAUAAUAUUUGUUAUUGUAACAAUGUUAUCAGUGGCGCUUAGUAAUGGGGCGUAUGCAUAUCAAAUGCACACAGUCUUCCUGUAAAUGUAAUAUUGCUUAAGCAAUUUUUAUAAUUCGAGCGAUAAUAAUUGUUUGUUGUACGUUUUCGGUAUGUUGAAGUUCAAAAAAAUGGGUUCCGAUAAAGUGCCGUUGCUGCUUGUGACUGCGAACGUUGGAUCCAUAUUCGAGGAUCCGUCAGUAAUGCUGCCGAUCUGGACCUCUGAGUUUCUCCAAGCAGUAGCCCGCAUGGACCCGAAGUUUAUAGCACUCCAUCUUCAAGAGGUCGGCGGCAAAGCGUACGAAAAGUCCAUGCAAUAUGUCAAAGACUUCGUGCAAAGGCUCUGCGAUAGCCCAGAACUGCGCUUAUAUGAUAAGAUCAGGAUUUUCCUGGACGAAGACUUCAGUUCUCCGGAAAAAUUUACGGCGCUUGGCAACAUGUACUUCGCUCAUUCCACACUAACGGAUCUCAAGAUUUGGGACUUCGAACUGAAAGCGUACGUCGAUGUGGUCGGCAAGGAAGUCAACAGUGGGAACAUUGAGAAAGCCACAACUAAGGAGAAGGCGAAAUUUCCGCAGCACUUCUUCCCUGAAUGCAAAUGGUCUCGCAAAGGGUUCCUGCGAACGCGCUGGUCGAUCCGCAGCACAUCCGUCGAGUUCGUUAACAUACAUCUGUUCCAUGAUGCUUCCAACUUGCUCGCCAUGGAGGCUUUUCCGUCUGUAUACUGUCGAAGUCGACGGCGUGCUUUGAGACACACACUGCGUCAUCUGCACUCGGAUUUGAACGCGCCGCCAUUUUUCAUAUUCGGGGACUUCAACUUCAGGACUGAUACUGGAGCUGUUGUUAAGAAAGUAACAGAAGAACUAUCGGCUUGUCGUCUCCAAAACGGAGCGAAUGUGGACUCGUCUAAAUUGCAAUAUCGCGCCAAAGCGGACGAUAGAACCAUGCUAACUGUGGGCAAGAAGGAGUUCGCGCAUGUCGACCAUCAGAAGAUAUUCCGAGAGCCAUGGCUGCAAAAAUUCGAUCGCGAGCUAGAAGCCUUCAAACCGAAUCUCUACGAGUUCCCAGUGAAGUUUCCUCCCAGUUACCCAUUCGAAGAAGAUGUGCAUUUACCCACGCAUUAUAUGAAGACCAGAUGUCCUGCUUGGUGCGACAGAGUUUUCCUGUCUCAAUCCGCCCGCUUGUUAAUACAGCAAGGCGAUGCAAGAACUGGCGAGAAUAGAUUGCAUAGCUCUAGGAAGUCUGUAGCAGAUUCCACGGACAGUGGUAGCGGACGAGUGUCAUCUUCAGACAGCAGCCCGGCCCGGUCUGGCUCACCGGCGAGACAUAACAAUCAGCAAUGGAGUCCUAGCAAAACCCUGGAGAAGAAGAGCAGCGCAGCGGAAUUGGACGUGUUGAAUGUUCCGACCAUACAGCCUAGCAGGAAAAGCAUUGCAGAUCCAACCAGCUUGCAGCAAGCUAUUAAUGCUAGGGUAUCGGAUUCCGAAGUUUCUCCAGGACGACGCAAACUUGUACGGAAUCAGUCGGAAGGUUCCCCAAAAUCUGGUGAGACAUCGGCUGAAUUGCGGCGAUUGGUUGACGCGCCGGCUCGACGGCGGAGCGAGUAUGGAGUUAUAGGAGAGGCUGCUUGUAUGGGUGACCAUAAGCCGAUAUAUCUCCGGGUGAUGCUGCAAAGCGAUAGAGGUACCGUAAAGUGCAAACCGCAUCCGCGUCUCCGCCGUCUCCCCACAGACCCGGACCUUUACGCGAACAAAAUACUGGCCAUAAACAAUCUAGAAUAUUCCACCAGCCACCCUGACAAACUACUACCCGACGACCGUAGAGUAAAACGCACUAGAACGGGUUCGCUUAACGAAAAGAUGCUACGCAUUCCGUACGUAGAAAUCACUAGCGUCGACUAUUCGAGCGUUGACGGGAUUUUCGUGAACGACAUCGACACAUCGCUGUUGAAUCCCAAACAGUUCUCCGAUCCGUACACGCCGGAAAGCGUCGAAUCUCACACACCGAACGCCGACGCGUCCGGAUCCGAUUUGACAGACAUCGACGUCGAUGAUAUAAUCGUGACAAGUUUAAAUUUGCCACGAGAUAGAAGCGUAUCGCCGUCUCAACUUAAAACUAGAUUGGAUAUGUUGUUGAACAGGGACAGCGAUAAAAACGCAACGCUGCAAAGACUUGAUAGCAGGGAGUCCUGCAAGUCGGGUAGUAGUAAAAAGGGUGGCUUGUGUUGCUUGGCGCUCAAGUGUUACGGGUUCUGUAGGAGCAGGGCGCGGAAGGUCAACUGUAAUUGUAGUGGCUUGAAGUGUUGCACCUCAUGACGUUUGAACGUGUGUCGUUGUUCCUUACCUUACACUCAGCGGCAGAUGAGAGAAUGCGCUCCUGAAUUCUAUUACUUGGUCAUAUAAAGCAUUAAUAAAAAAAACACAUUCGUCUUCUUUUUUUUAACCCCCGACGCAAAAACGACGGGGUGUUAUUUGAAUUGGGGGUGUUAUUGAUUGACGUGUCUGAAUGUUUGUGUCUGUCUGUGGCAUUGUAUUUUCCGAACGGAUGAACCGAUUUCGAUUUUGUUUUUUUUUUGUUUGAAAGUUGAAUUAGUCGUAGACAAGCUGUUUGAUGAAAGUCGUUCCAAGAUGGCCGCCGCCUCAAAAUGGCGGACUACAUAUUUUAUCGAAAUAUGGGUAUUGAAAUGCUAUGAUAAAUUAAAAUCCAAGAUGGCCUCCACCAGAAAAUGGCGAAUUACAAUUUUUUUCACAACUCCCUCAGUGCGGGUUUCAAAUGGAAGGGAUUGACUUAUAGCAUAAUGUGCACUAAACCGAAACGCUGAUAGAUUUGAAUAAACCACUGCCAUAGUAUUUACCGAAACAAAUCAGAUACAACCCAUCACAUGCUGCCCAUGACUCCUUUCACUUUAAUAGGUACGCGUCGCGUAGCGUGGAUACUAUGCUCGUGUCGGUCUUUUAUCUUCAAUAGGGUUGUCACAAGUGCACACUUGAAUGUUUUGCAUUAGUUUUUUUAUGGAAAAAUAAAUAUUCUCCAUUUGAUUUAAUAUUUUUACAGGGUGCUUAUGAAAUAUACUUAAGCACCAUUCAACUGUAUUUCGUAAUUCGGUUACAAGUUAUAUGAGUCGGGGGUUUAUUAAAAUUUAUGUUAUACAUUUUACUUUAGUAAUUAUUGCAUCGGCUUACCAAGCAAAUGGCCUACAUGAUCUUAAGCGUUAAACGAUCGCCUUCACAGCAAUUUAGAUAUUCAACUCUGGAACUGGAACAGUUGUUAUUUUGAUUUUGACAUAUAUUUACGACCGAUCGCAUGUCUGAGUUCGACCCUCCAUUUCAAUAAUAAACAGAAUAUAUUAUUAAAAUAAAUAUUCAAUGCCACUUCAAAUUUACAAACUGUAACUGGUUGUCUGGUUAAAACGAAUUAAUUGUAAGGAACGCAUUCUUUCAACUGUAGUAAAAUAUUUGGCCGUUAACGGAUGUGAAUAAGACAAAGACAGCUAAUAAUAUGAACAUAAAUGGCUUCAUUCUAAAAAGGAUUAAUUGGUGAUUUAUCCAAUUACCAAUUAUUUUAGGUCUCGUUUCUCUAUGACACUAGAAAACUAGAUUGCGCUUUUUCCCUAAUUGCGACUUACUUAUUGUAUUGUAUGUAACUAAGACAGAUGACUCAAAGUCUUUCUACGACACUCUGGGUCAAUAUCAUGACAGUUCAAAAGAUUUAAAAGUGUCAAACUGUGAAAAUAUAUAUAUAUACGUGGAUAUAUAAAUAGUUUCUUAUAUAUAUGUAACUGUCUUUGUCUCACUGCUUAAUUAUUGCAUUUUUUUAUUCUUAAUUGUUUAUAUUAGCUUAGCAGUUAAAACCUACACGCACAAUAAUUAAGUUUGGACCUAAUUAUACACUGUGUUACUGUAUAAUUCUGUAUUUGCUGCGAAAAGUGUGUUAAGUCCCAAAUUAUACCAUCGAGCGAAAAGGAAUUGAAUAAAUUGGGUCCUAAAAAUAUCCAUGAUUUCAUCCAAGAAAUGAAAUAUUCGAAUAUUUUUUCUGAACAUUUUAAUAAAAAAACAUCUGAAGAUUAUUGACAUUAAGGUUCAUUACCAUAGAUUACAAGUUAUAGUUCCCUACACUAUAUCCCCCUUACUAAUAACUGACAGUUAAAUUACAGAUAACAGAAAGAGAAAUCAUUGUUUAACUAAUCACCAGCAUACAGCGUGUAUUAACCUAACCUUACAACCUUGGUGUACGGUUAAUCUGUUUAUUUAAAAAAAAAUUAUAAAUAAAAAAAACCUUCUUCCGACAGACGGUCUUAGUAAAAAUUUCCCCGGCACGACAACCAAAGAAUUCCAGUGUCGCUUUUAAAGUAUUUAACAAUAUUUUCUAACCAAUGUUAGAGACUUAACACUUUUCAUAGCAUACACAGAGCAACAUAUACUAUACCGUUUAAAUGUCGAGUACUCUAGACUCAAGACUUGUGGAAGGCGUGCUCAUUUCUAGGUGCAAUAAACAAAAUGGCUAUAUAUAAAAAGAUGGCCGCCACGGGACCCGUUAGAAGUGAAACAUUUAACAUAAUAUUAGAAUUUUUGAAUUUUUGAUAAAUUCAAAACAUGAAGAAAGAACCGAUGAAUCAUGAAGUAAAAUAAUUUAAUAAAAAAAAGAGAUUCAUUAAUAAAAUCAAUAUAAUAUCAACCGGUUACCUUGCGAAGUAGCGUAACCCGCUGGCGUAACGGACAAAACGCAAAUACAGGAGUGACAAAUUAAUUUUAAUAUUUUUACAUAUUAAUGCAUUUGUAAAAUUUAACAUUAUAUCGUUAAACAGCACAAGUAUAAGCAAAACUAUUUCAAACGCAAACUUAAGAACGUAGAAUUUGAUUUUUGUCGGUUACGCUAAAGUCUGUGGUAUUGGUUCGAUGUUUACCUUUUAGUCGAGAACGGCAUGACGCUAUAAGAGAACGUCAUGCCGUUAUUCGUGACGGCAUACUAGUACCAUGUUACUGCCAAUGCACGCCAAUAAAUGUUUCACAUCAAAACGUAAUGAUUAGUCAACUUGAUACUAUAACAUACGCAUUUUAGUUAUUUCUUAUACAAUGGUAAUUUACCAUUAAUAUUUUGACGCUUACUUGAAGUAAAUGUUUUGACGCAUGUUUUACCCAUAGUAUUACGACUAAAUAAAUAAUUACUUAAUAAUUAGAAAUACUUGAUAGUAAUAAAUGUUAAGAACCUAAAUUCUUUUGCAAAAACUUAGUUAAUAUCUCAGUACAGCACUUACAAUAUCACCUUUUUAUUACGUUAGUAUAUCGCAUGCAUUUUAUUUUGCAAUAUUAGAAUACGUUAAGAGUACAUAAUCAUGGCAAAUAAGUUGAACACAAGUUUUAGUCAUGGAAUGAUAUUUGGGCGUAUACAGCUAUACCAUUUACGGCCAAAAUUAGUUGUAUAUAAUUUUUCCCCUUUAGGCGCGAAGAGCUCUUAAAAUAUUAUAUUAUUGGUUAUGUUAUGUUCUUAAGGCAAAGUAUGAUCAUGACAACUUUGAAAAACAAAUUUAAGAUAAUAUAAAUGGUAAAAGCGAUUCGCUUUUUGUAAUUGACUUUUUUUUUAAAUUAAAUAUCAAUGAAGUAAACCGCAAACAUAAACAAUCAAUCAUACAUUAAAAUUAUAAAAUUAUUUUAUUAUUAAAUGUUAACUUUACAUUAAAAAAAAAUUCGGUUGAAAGCCGUAUCACUUUUUUGCAGGGUCGUAAGUAUGGAAUUAUGAUUUUUUUUACCAAACCGUAUAAACAUUGAAACUGACUUGAAGAUACGACAAUAUUUUGGCUAAAAGUGUACAACACAUUAAAAUACCGCUCCCCGCGAAUAAUAACGGUUCAAAUUAUUUGCCGAGAUUUAUAAUACGCUUUUUAUUAACUUUUUAAUGUGUGAUUCUACUAUACACUUUUAUAGUUUUACUAGUCUAUGGCACAGCUGAUUUUUUAAAGUAUAUUUUAUCUACUUAAGAACAUAUUGAAUUUAAAAAAAUAAAAGUUACAUUCCGCUCAUUGUACUAUUCUCGAUGUCAGUUUGCUUUUGUACGGAUGUUAAACGUUAGCAUACUGACGUUACUAAAGCAUUGCCUAUAUAUUCUGUGACAAAACCUUUUUAUUUAGGAUGCAAUCAUUUUUAGAUUCAAAAAUAAAUUCUAAAAAUGAUUGAUAUAUAAAACAGAAAAAUAAAACAUAUACAUAAUAAUGUUUAUAAUUUCCCCAUCAAUGGGUAGUUGAAAUAAAGACAAAAUUGCGUUUCUGUGAAAAUACAAGAAACAACAUUUAAAGCCUUUACUUCAGGUCUUUAAAUCAAGAAAUUUGUGACUUUAAGAAAAGGUUCGAUAUACGAACUUAGGAAAAGAGCACUUUACAUAUAUUAUAAAUAAUUUAUUCAGUAUGGUUAACUGACUUCUGAUGCGCAAUUAGGUACCUAAUUAUAUACUAAAAUGUGCUAAAUUCAUUCUCCGACGUUCUGCAGCUGAUUUAAAAAAAAAUUCUGACCUUGAAUAUUAUGGUAUCAUUUAGAAUACAAAUAAUAGAGUGAGCGGAGUAUAAAUUUAACCAACGUACAUAAUAGAUGUAAGUCUUCAGCUGUGUCAAGUUUUUUUAAUUUGUCUUUUAUAUACAAAGCGAAGUGAAAUUAUACCAAAUGGUCUAUGAUUCUAGUCUAACGGAUGCUCAAAUGGACCUUUUACCAAUAAAUACCUAUAUCUAUAUAAUCUAAA